GACAUUGGUAGUAGACUGAGCUAGUGUGCGGAUGGCCAGCCACAUCGGUCGUAUUGCACGGCUGACCUUGUUCUCUGGUCCUAACUGCUCACUCUGUGAUAUCGCCAAGGCAGAGCUCGCCAAAGUCAAACAACGACGCUCUUUCGAACUCGAGACGGUCAACAUCCAGGACGCUGGGCAGGAGCGGUGGAAGAAGAAGUAUAUAUACUGGAUCCCGGCCCUGCAUCUCGAGGGCAAGGAGAUCGCCAAGGGCCGCUGGGACGCGCAGACGGUGAACGACGCGCUUGACUUGGCCCCGCUGUUUCUGGAGGACACGCUGCCUGACCAUCCGUCAUCUGCGUACGUCAACUGCAAACCUGUUUAUCUAUACAACCAAUACGGCGAUCGUGUGCUUGGCUUGGAUGAAGAAGUUGAGAUGGACUCGGACGACACUAGAUGCUGUUUCAACUGUGGCUCCACUGGGCACAUGCUCUCAUCCUGUCCCGAGCCUCGUAACCAUGCUCUUAUAGCGCUCUCCAGGCAAAUGUUCAACUUCCACAAUGACGAUUCAGCCGGCGUCCCACAGCGUAUACAUGAAGUGGAAGGAUGGCGAUGGCAGCGAUUGCAAUGGCUUAAGGACUUCGAGCCUGGGCAGGUC